AUGCCGAACGACGACGCGCAACACCGGCGAUACGUCGUAUCGCGGCGCGCCGCCGCCGCGGGCCUCGGCGCCGCGGCGCUCGCGGCGGCGCCGCGCCCCGGUGCCGCCGCGGAGCUCGGCCUCCGCGACACGCUCGCGGCGCGCGACGCGAACCUGCUGCGCAAGCCGUUCAUCGCGGUACCGCCCGGGCCGACGGCGUACCCGGCGUGGCUCGAGGGCACGUGGCGCUGCGACGCGGCCUUCGCCGGCUUCGAGCUCCCGUCGAAGAAGAUCUCGAAGCAGCGCGUCGUCGCGAACACGGACCUGCCGGGCUUCACGAAGCUGUCCGUCGCGCGCUUCGGCGACGUCGGCCGCGAGUCCACGCGCUACGAGAUGCGCUUCUACAGGACGCCGUCGGGCGCGGUCUACGAGGACUACGCGCGCGACGUCGCGUCGUCGCUCAACGCCCACGCGGGCGACGCGAGGCUCGUCGAGAGCGUGAGCUACGACGUCGCGAAGAACGCGAAUCGCGCGACGGUGACGCUGCGGCCGGGGACGCGCAACGGCGAGCGCAUCGAGCUCUUCGUCAACGGCCGCCGCUCCGAGGCGCUGGGCGACGACGUCUUCCUGAGCAGCGAGAACGUGCGCCAGGUCACCCUCGGCUACGGGACGACCUCGAACCCGAGCGCCGCGCGCGUCGUCAUCGGCGAGUACCAGCACUACGCCACCUGGCGCCGAUCGGGGCCCGACGCCGCCCGGUGCAACGUCCUCACGGCCGUCUACGUCGAGCCCCAGGACCCCAUGUUCGGCGACGCGUUCGACCUGCCCGUCGUCGUCUACGCGCACAACGGAUCGGGCCCCAUCGUCACCUCGCGCCGUGAUCUCAUGCUCGCCUACCUCGGCUACGAGCCCCCGAGUAAGGAGUCGCUUGGCGCGGCGCCCUUCUCCGAGUUCGGCGACGACAAUGACAGCGUCAUCGACUUCGACGUCAUGUCCAUGACGAGCUCCGUCGCGUCGUCCAUCCCCCGCCUCUUCUCCCCCGCGGGGGCGUCGGCCGUCGCCGACGGCGACGUCGACGUCGACGUCGACUACGAUGACGCCGACUCCGUCGCGAGCAAGGACUCCAUCGCGUCGACGAUCUAUCGCGCGUACGCGCGAGAUCACCCGGAGGACCCCACGGGGUCCGCGAAGUUCGCGGACCCGGCGGAGCGGCGGAGCGUCAUCCGCAAGUACCGCGCGGCCGAGCGGGCCGACACCUGCGCGGCCCUCCCUCGGCCGCCCCGGGCGACGCCGCCCGCGCGCGACGAGUCGCCGGAACACGGCGACGAGUCGUCGCCGGACACGGUCUUGGGCACGCCGGGGGGCCUCCGCAUCGUGCCGCCGCUCUCGCCCGUCCGCGCCGACGACAGCUGGGGCGCGUCGCCGCCGCCGCGCGCGUCGCCGCCGCGCGCGUCGCCCGCGCCGCCGUCGCCCAUCGGCCUCCUCGACGGCGCGUCGCCGGACGGCGCGUCGCCGCCGUCGCCCGCGGUUUCGCUCUCGCCCCGCUACGACUUCGAGUGCACGCCCGCGGGCCGCCGCGGGCCGCGCCAGCUGUCGCCCGUGCGCGAGGAGCCGCGCUGGCGCGAGGACCUCGACGCGUUCCUCACGGCGGACGAGGCGCGGCGGUGGCGCGCGGACCUCGACGACUUCCUCGCGCGGAACGACGCCGCGCCCCGCCGGCGGCCCCGGUGGUGGACCGCCGCCGCCGCCGCGGUCGUCGCCGCGGCGGUCGUCGCCGCCGCGGCCGUCGCCGCGCCGCCGCCGUCGCCCGCGCCCGCGCCGCGGCCGUCGACCGCGCCCGCGCCGCGGCCGGCCGCGGGCGCCGUCGACGGCGCGGCCUGGCGCCUGGAGCCCCUCGGCGGCGCCGACCCCCGCUCCUGGGUGCGCCGGGGCCCCGCGCCCGUCGGCCGCGCCCGGACCCGCGGCCUCGCGCCGAAGCCGAGGUACGCGUAA